UUGAAAUGUCAAAAUGAACGAAUUGUCGUUUGAAGUAAACACAGUAUGGAUAUUUGCCAGUAUAGUAUUCAAUUAAAUAUGGUCAAAUUAAUUUAGUCAAGUAAUUAUAAUUAGUGUAUAAUUUAAAGGCUUCAAUAUGUGGCCCAUGUUGUUAAAUAUGACACGGGAAGAAUGUCGCCAGACGCUUAGGAGACUUGAAUUGGAAGCCUACUCGAAAAUGAUGAGUGUGUUAAGAGCACAAGGGGCAUUGGAAGAGAAUAGAAAAAAGUUGCUUGAGGAGCUCCGUGCGGUUUUACAUAUAGGCAACGAUCGACACAGUGCCGAGGCGCGUCGCGUGUCUAAUGACGAGUUAUUAGCGACGAUUGCAGACCAAUUAUCAGGACCAAAUACAGGUAUAGGAUGGAUCUGCGAAGGCAGAAGGCGUAUACCACUUAUGCCGCGGAGUAUCCCACAAACAGCAUACACAGAGAUUGCGGAUAAAGCGGCAGAAGCAGCAGCAGCUGAGAACAAAGAGUUACAGAAGAAACUAGAAGCUGAAAAACUGAUUGCACCUAAAUCCAGUGAAGAACAAUACCCAGACCCUGAACGUGAAACGGCUGAAGGUGCACCCACGAAUGAUAUGGACGAAUUGUUAUAUCCACCUAUUGCCAUGGAAGAUGAAACUUUAAAAAUGUGGGAAACAGAAUUAAUAUGUCGGAAAAGAAAAGUUCCCGAAGGUGGUGCAAUACCAGACGAGGGGACGACGCCUGUUAAAAAUAUGAGGAAUAUACAAGUCAAUGCAAAUCAGAAACAUGUUAAUUUAUCACAAAUAUACUCAAAAUUCUCACAACCGGCUUCAAGUAAAUCUUCAAGUCAAUCAAAACACUCAUAUAAUCAAGUAAGCAAAGUAUCAACAAGUAAAACAAAUCCAGCCAACACCCCAAGAACAUCCCACAAGCACAGGUCACACAAACAGAAUGCAAAGAGUGCACACGCAAAAACAAAUCAACGUAAAUCACAAGAACUGCCCGUCUCACCAAACAAACAGUACAAUACAAAUGCAUUGCAAUCAGAAUACAAUGUAGCACCUAACUCAUUUCAAGCCAGUUAUGCUCAAACAGUGUUAUCUAAUAAAAACAAAUCUGAAUAUAUUGAUGAAAUCAAACCUAAAAUAUUGUCAUCACCCGGAAUGGUCUCCGAUUCCCCCACAAUGCAACUCCUCACGCAACCAGCGACCGUCCCGCACGAGCUGGGCGUCUCUGAUAGCACCCAUGCAGAAGAUCCCGCCACCCUGCAGGCCCAAAGCACCCCAGUGCCCAAACAAACCACCAGCGGGAAGCCAUGCCAUCUCAUCAUCAAGAAACGUGGCGAUACCACAGAUAAAGUACAAAUGUCUGAAUUCAAAAUAUUACAAAACCCCUCCGAUGGCGUUAAGAUUUUAGCAAAUCGGCAAGUCGUCGUCGCGCCAAGCUCCACGCAAAAGGCAUUGAACACCGGCAAAGUCGUCACCACCAAAGUUAUAGGGUCCGCCAAACCCAGAGCGACGAGCACACCGCUCCCCGCCGAUAAAAUGAUCGUCGUAUCAAAACCGACGAUAGAAAGCAAAAUGAUAACAAACUCGAAAAUUAUUUUAACCUCCUCUGUCCCGAGCACGCCGAAUAAAGAACCCUCUGGGGUCGCCGUUAGUGCAAAUAACAUAUCGAAACCCUCCGAAACCUUCACUCCUAAAGGUAUCCCCGCCACGGACUUAAAAGUUUCAGCCAAAACCUUUGUAUUAAAUCCGAAAUCGGGUCACAAAAUGGUCGUGUUGCCUGCCAAGAGUCGAACUAAUCAAAUCGGGGAAGUUCCCUUGUUACAUUUCAAAGGUAUACCUGCCGGUAUGAAAAUCGUCGCUGUCAGUUCGCAGUCGAACACUCAAGUUAAUAAAUCGACAGCGAUGACGGUCGUAUCGAAAUCUGUCAAUAUCGUAAAUACGAUUCCUUCCAAUGCAAAAAUCUUAGGCGUCGAGCCAAUUAAGACUGCCAACCUCGCAGAUAUAGUCCCAGUUAAAGGUCUCGCGCCCGUCUCCACACCGAAAAUAAGCAACCCCAUUGUGCGACCUACAGUUACGACAAAAGGUAACGUGAUAGUGGUGCAGAAGGGCAGCGCUAUAGGCAAAGCAAUAACGUUCACCAAAAACGGUAACGAUGUAUCGAAGAUAAUAAUGGGCAAAAAUGUCAAUCAACUCCUCCAAGCUACGAAACCGGAUCAAGUCGAUAGCGAAAAAUGUCCAGGGAACGUCAUCGUUCUGGAAUUAAACAACGAACAGACCGGCCGACCUACCACCAUGUCGGAGAUACUGGACAGUCGCACCAGCACCCCGCGCGCUGCGGAGCAGUUCAAGAAAGUAGUUCCUCAAAUAACUCAGGACACCCCAGUACUGUUCGAGAGUCAGAUAACAGAGGAAACUUGCAAUCAAAACAGCUUAGACUCAGCUGAAAGUAUAGGAGAUAUCGUGCCGCUAGGACAGACCGAUUCACCGAUACACAAAGACGAAAGUAAAGAUUUGGAGAAGAGUACAGAAAGUGUUAAGGAGUCGAGGGUCGCGGAUUGGGAGAUGGAACUGGAGUCUGUGUCCAAGGACAAGGAUGAGGAUGAUAAGCUGAACUCGCUGCACCUCGACCUCGGGAUGUCCAGCGACAGCGAAGACGAGUAUAUGGUGAAGUCACGCAAGGGAGAGAGCCAGCGGGGAGGUCCGGAGACCUCGCGCAGACUUACACCAACCGGUGAGGAUCACGAGUUGUACAUCGGGUCUGGUCCAUUGUCAAUCGCCACACGGACUCUUUUGAGUCAAUUGCAGGAGGAGGGUUCAUCGAGUAACGAUUCAUCGUUCGCGCUUCGCUCAAAGCCCGACAAGACAAAAGAUUGCGACAUAAAGCUAGACAAAUCUGAAUCUGAUGCGCUGACGAAAGCUAAAGAGAAGCUCAGCGAGAAAGUGGCCGAGUCCCAACAGAAAAGGAUAGAUAUCUAUAGCACGGCGAUCACCAGUUCUGAUAUCAAUCUGGAUUCGUUCUCGUAUCUGGAUGAGGGCAUGCUGGUGGGUGAUGAUGUGUUCUCGUCUGCGGAGGGUAAACGAGAACGGCGCGGUGAAGCGCUGGACGACCAGCUUAGCAGACUGCUCGCAGACGACUCCACCAACUCAACAGACUCACAGACAGUAAGUGAAAGUUUGCCUUCAAACAAACCAUGAGCAAUAAUUUAGUUUUUAAUUAUAUGGUGCGGUUUCAAGUGACAUGACAUUGUAAGAACGUUGAACCUGGAAUUGAAAAUGGUAGGCAAAGGUGACAGGCAUGUACAAGAGGCUAAGA